AUGUCGGUCUCAGACAACUUCGGUUUGCAGUUAGCCAAGUAUACUAACGUCGCUGCAUCAGCAAUCCUAAUCUACGACUACUUUGUCACCUUACACUCUGAGGUCCAAUGGACCUGGGGACGGAAAUGGGGAACCAUUCGGGCUACUUUCAUGAUUUCACGAUAUGUACCUUUUGCUGGUGCACUUAUGACAUCAUACUCUGCUGUCAAAAAAUGGGGCACGGAAGAUUGUGCACCUUUCAACGAUGCUGUAAAUGGAGCACACUUCUUGGGCAUCAUUGCCUCAGAAGUUUUGUUGAUUACCAGGGUCUACGCCUUCUCCGGCAAUAAAAAGACUUAUCUUAUAGUUCUUCUCUCCUUUGGUUUGGCCAUCUUGGUGACAUCUGUAAUUCUAAGUGCCGCCCCCAUCAAUUUGAACAUCCCGGGAUUCGGUCCCCCUUGCAUGUUUGAAGGCGCUCGUAGCAGCGCCCUCUCGUAUGGACUAUUGACGUUCUUCGAGAUAGCUCUCAUGACCAUCACUGUAUUUUUGAGAUAUCAACACUAUUUAGGUUCUCAUAGUGCGCUGGUGAAGAGUAUUUAUCGUGAUGGACUACUCUACAUGUUCUGUAUCACAAUGAUAUCUACGGUUAAUUUGAUCGUUAUCACUGUCUUGCCUCUCUCGUACAGCGAAAUGCUAAACACACCUCAGAUCGUUGCGCACAGUGUCCUUUCUUCUCGAAUACUAUUCAAUCUUCAUGUGAGCAUGGAGCAACCGCGCACCUCCCGAUCAAUGACUUCAAUAGAAUUUACAUCCCGUCCACACGAAUCCAACACGCAACCUGGAGGCAGUGAGACAGCUGACCAGCCGGAUGAAGCAUAGACCUGCUGGUAGUGAUGCGAAUCAUACAGACAGCAUUUGUCAUUCGAGCAUGUAUUUUCUGCAUCCUUCAUAUUUAUAUGUAGAGCCUGCCCCAGGUAUUGAACACGGUUGUACAUUUGUAUGGGUUGUUGUAUAUGAGCGACCGCGUAUUGCGGAAGUCUUUCUCAUCUGGUAUGCCUGGCAGAAGCAUGCGAAGACUAUUGCGAUCUGCGAUGAAGUCGAGUUGCUGCGAAGCUAGGGUUCAUUGCAUCGCUCAAAGCUACGAAUAGCCUAGGACAUGACGG